AUGUCUUCUCGCGCCAACAAGCUUGUGCCAGAAAAAGUCAUCAAGGUCAAUUGCGACAAGCAAAGGGUGCCGGUUAUCGCAUUUCUCUUCGGGGACCAACAUAUCAUCGCCUGUUCUCAUGGCUGUCUCCAAGUCAUAGAGGCAAAAACUGGUGAACUUGUUGGUGAUCCCUGGCAGGAUAAAGAGAGAAGCCAAAUUUGCGCAGUCGACGUAUCACCAGAUGGUGAGCGUGUUGCGACUGGCAGCAAAGAUGGCAAGAUACAGAUAUGGAAGUGGAAUGGAAAAACCGCGAAGAUAAUUGCCGAAUCAGAGAAGCACAGUACUGCAGCAAAUUGCGUUUGUUGGAGUCGACACGAUGGUGGUGCUCACAUCGCUAGUGGCUUUGAUGACGGCAGGGUAGCUGUCUGGCCGGUAGCAUCAGGCCUCAAGAACCCCAUAAGUACCGACGAUACCCGCCUCCGAUACAUACACACGGUAAACUAUUCACAUGACGGUACACAACUCCUUGUGAGCGGUUACGACCGCGAAAUAUCGAGAUUAACAAUCGACGAGAAAGCGCAGGAGGUCGAGGUAGAUGAGGUCAUCAAAGUUUGCAACAAUCCUGAACAUGUGUCAAGUGCGACAUGGGCCGUGACUGCAGAUAGGCAUGCAAUUGUCACCGGCUUAUCAGAUGGGAAGAUCAAGAUACUCGAACUUCCAGGAAGCGCCUCUUAUGACCAUACCCUCCGCUUUUGGGAUCUCGGUGCCAAGCGAACAAUUGGUCAACCACUCUCUCACUCUGCGGAUCCGACCUGUGUAGCAUUCGCAACCAAUGGAACAUCAGUAGCUACCGGUACUUGUGAUGGCGAGGUCUACCUUUGGGAUAUAGCAGACUUUCUCUCUAGUGCAAUGCCAACGGAUGAUGUGAAUAGUCAUGACGGGGACGCGAUUGCUAGACCUCUCUUUAACCCUGACUCGCCAAUCCCUACUCGCCAACGUAAAGUCCAACGACUAUCUCCGAGCUUCCCAGGACGGUCUCUUAACACUCCUAGACCACCAAGGCUGAAAUACGGUCCGGGUUUCUUUGAUGGCACGCGCCCUCUAGUCGUAGAUGUUCCCAUUACCGACACUCCAAGUGUUAGCAGGCGAUCUUCUAUAUCUCGGCGUGUUAAAGUUACCGCAUCACGUAUGCAACAGGCGUUCAAGGUACCCCGAACACGACAUGGAAGAUCCCCAAUGACUACGCACUCGGGUGGCAUUCAAGAAGAAAGUCGACAGAACAACCAUAGGGAGUAUCAAGCAGCCAGUAGCACUUCGCCUCCCGACCAGCAAGCAGGAGCGGAAAGUGAACCUACCACACAGGGAGCUGUCCUUGUGCGACGUACACCCUGGGUCAACGCCUUGUUGCUUAUGGGAUGCAUACCCCGAGCAGAUGGACUGACGUGA